CCCUGGGCUCAGAGCUCUCCAGCACUCCCUGUGAGAGGAGACUGUGAGAUGGCAUUCCCUGGGAGAGUACGCCCCUAUGCUAUCCCAGAAAAUGAAGAAAUCCCCCAGACGCUCCUUAACAAUGUCCAUGAAGCUAAUGGGAAUGAAGAUGAGAGGGCUGUGUCCAAACUGCAGCGCAGACACAGUGACGUAAAAGUCUACAAGGAGUUUUGUGACUUUUAUGCGAAAUUCAACAUGGCCAAUGCCUUGGCCAAUGCUACCUGUGAGCGCUGUAAAGGAGGCUUUGCGCCUGCUGAGAAGAUAGUGAACAGUAACGGCGAGCUGUACCAUGAGCAGUGCUUUGUGUGUGCACAAUGCUUCCAACAGUUCCCAGAAGGACUCUUCUAUGAGUUUGAAGGAAGGAAGUAUUGUGAACAUGACUUCCAGAUGCUUUUUGCCCCUUGUUGUCAUCAGUGUGGUGAAUUCAUCAUUGGCCGAGUUAUUAAAGCCAUGAAUAACAGCUGGCAUCCUGAGUGUUUCCGUUGUGACAUCUGCGAGGAAAUUUUGGCAGAUAUUGGGUUUGUCAAGAAUGCAGGGAGACAUCUCUGUCGCCCCUGUCAUAAUCGUGAGAAAGCCAGAGGCCUCGGAAAAUACAUUUGCCAGAAAUGCCACGCCAUCAUUGACGAACAACCCCUGAUCUUUAAGAAUGACCCUUACCAUCCAGAUCAUUUCAACUGUGCCAACUGCGGGAAGGAGCUGACUGCGGAUGCCCGGGAGCUGAAAGGGGAAUUGUACUGCUUGCCCUGCCACGACAAAAUGGGAGUCCCCAUCUGCGGUGCUUGUCGGCGGCCCAUUGAAGGAAGAGUUGUAAAUGCCAUGGGCAAGCAGUGGCACGUGGAGCAUUUUGUUUGUGCCAAGUGUGAAAAGCCAUUCCUUGGACAUCGCCAUUAUGAGAGGAAGGGCCUGGCAUAUUGUGAAACCCACUAUAACCAGCUGUUUGGAGAUGUUUGUUUCCACUGUAACCGUGUUAUUGAAGGUGAUGUGGUUUCUGCUCUUAAUAAGGCCUGGUGUGUGAACUGUUUUGCGUGUUCUACUUGCAACACUAAAUUAACACUCAAGAAUAAGUUUGUGGAGUUUGACAUGAAACCAGUCUGUAAGAAGUGCUAUGAGAAAUUUCCACUGGAACUGAAAAAAAGAUUGAAGAAACUAGCUGAGACCUUAGGGAGGAAGUAAUUGCUUUGGUUUGACUUUUUCCUUCUAUGCAAAGAUAAGAAAUUACCAACAUUACUUGACUAGUACAUCUUUAUUUGAAAUUGUAUCUCAAAAGAGUU